AUGACAUGGGCUUAUUUCAAACCGUCAUGCCAAUCAUCACAGUUCCAAAGAAUGAAAGACUAUCGAGAUAAUGUCACCAUGCAUCAUGUUUCUGGUACCAACGACGCAACAACAUCUUCUUCGUCGUCGCCUAGCAACAACGUCGUCAAUGGAACAACAACGACAAUAACAGCAACACCCAUUGAACAUCCUACAACGACGACACAACAACGACCUUCUUUUCUUCAACGAUGUAUGAAUGCCAUUGAAGAGAAACGUGUGAUCCCAAUGCGAAUCCUAUUUCGUUUUGCAACCCGUAGAGACAAGUACCUUAUUAUUGCUGGAAGUAUUUGUUCAAUUGGCGUUGGCGUGUUGCAGACCUCAUGUCUUUCUAUCUUUGCACAUUCAACAAGUGAAGCUGUGGCAGCCAUUACGAGGGCCGAUGGAUCAUUGAUGGAGAGACUACAACCCACUGUGAUUGGAUUUGCAGGCAUUGGUGGCGUGUUGAUGUUGUUAUCAUAUUCUGGCAACGCAUUAUGGAUCAUUGCUGGUGAAAAUCAGGUGCAAGCCAUUCGCAGAUACUAUAUCGCCUCAUUGUUACGACAAGAUAUGCAAUGGUUUGAUACACGAACGAUGGACCAUGAUGCUCUGACGACUCGUUUGGCGCUUGACAUGCAGCAAUUACAAGAUGGAAUCUCUGAACGCUUUGGUGGUUUGAUUCGAUCGAUCUCUGCAUUUGCAUCCGGUUUUUUGAUGGCGCUGUUUAUGGGUUGGCAAGUUGCGAUUGUGGUACUACCAACAAUCCCGCUCUUGGCAUUCAUGGCAUACCUCACGAUUCACCUCUUGGUGCAUAGCACCUACAAAUUGCAAGCAGCUUAUGGUGAUGCAGGAUCAGUGGCACAACAAGUAUUCGACAAUAUCCGCACAGUCUAUUCUUAUUCAUUACAACACCGAUUUACCAACAUGUACAAAGCACAUUUGAUCAAAGCGCGACAAGCGGGAGUCCAUCGCGGAUUGUAUGGGGGUCUGUGUUACGCUGCCUUAGUAUCGGUGCUAUUAAUGACAUACGCCUUGGCAUUGUGGUACGCUGGGAUCGUCAUUUCUCGAGGAGACAUUGAUAGUUGGAAUGCAUUGACGGCUAUUUUGGGCAUGGUGCUGGGAUCCAUUGCAUUCCUUCAGGUGCCUGGUCACAUGUCAGCCAUUGCUGCUGCUUAUACUGCUGCUCGCAAGAUCUUUGAUACCAUUGACAGCAUACCUACCAUUGACAACCCUCUCAUUGCAAGGCCUAUACCACCCAUCCAAGGCGAUAUCGUAUUCCGAAAUGUCACGUUUGCUUAUCCAAAUCGACCAGAUAUUUAUGUUCUCAAAAAUAUCAAUCUCAGCAUCAAAAAAGGAACAACGGUGGCAUUGGUCGGCAGCUCUGGAUCAGGAAAAUCGACAUGCCUUCAGCUCAUUCAACGAUUAUACGACGUGUCAGCUGGCCAAUUGUUGAUCGAUGGGAGGGAUAUCACCACCAUAAAUGCACGAUGGCUACGUCACCAUAUUGGCAUUGUUCAUCAAGAACCAAAGUUAUUCAACACCACCAUUCGAGAAAACUUGCUGCUAGGCGUUCCUAAUCGUUGUGCCUCUCAAGAGCAAAUUGAGCGUGCUUGUAUGCAAGCCAAUUGCCAUGAUUUCAUCACUGCGUUGCCAGAGGGAUAUGAUACUCUUGUCGGCGAAUCAGGGAGCAAGCUAUCAGUGGGACAACGACAACGUAUUGGUAUUGCACGUGCCAUCAUCAAUGAUCCACCCAUCUUGUUGCUUGACGAGGCUACUUCGGCAUUAGACACCAACUCUGAAUUGGCUGUUCAACGAGCCCUUGAACAAGCUUCAUCAAAUCGCACAACUUUUAUCAUCGCACAAAGACUUGCAACUAUACGAAAUGCUGAUCAGAUUGUCGUCAUACGAAAUGGAGAGAUUUCUCAAAUUGGCACUCAUCAACAACUACUUGAGCAGCGAGGAAGCACGUAUGCCAAAUUUGUCCGCUUACAAGAGAUUGCCACCCAAAGAAUUCAACACGCACCUGAUGAUGAUGGUGACAUGGCAACCACCAUUAGCAAUCAACCCAAAGAUAUCGAGCGUGAGCAGCAUAACACAAAUCAACGACGAGUGACAUUCAGUGAUCAAGAAUCAGCAACACGAGAGAGAAGAUCAACAUCGUUCGCACGUCGUAUACUACGUCGUGAUGAUCAACAUGCAAAGCAGAGAGCACCCAUUCUCAAAAUCUUUCGACAAAUGCGUGAGGAGCGAUGUUUAUUAGCACUUGGAUUUACAGGAUCAGCAAUGGCUGGUUUCAUCUUUCCCUUUGUGGCCUACGUUCUUGCACAAGCGACUCUCAAUUUGGUGCAGCGUGAUCAAGAGCAGCAAUAUGGCAUGUCGUUUAGAAGAGUAGCUGAAGCAUUUGCCAUGUGGAUCUUCAUCUCUGCCGCGGCAUCAUUCAUCAUUUAUGCACUUCAAGUGAUCUCAUUUGCAGUGGCAGGAGAACAAUACACUGAACGACUACGUGGCCAAGUCUUUCAAGCCUAUCUCAAGCAAGAAGUCGCCUACUUUGAUCGUCACACUACAAGUAACCUAGCAACGCGACUUGCUGUGGAUGCCAAGAAUGUGAAUGAAUUGGUGACCCGAGUGCCUGGAGACAUUGUACAAAUCAUUUCAACUGCUAUCACAGGCUUGGUCAUUUCAUACUUGCAAAAUCCCUUAAUGACAGGUGCUGUAUGCGCAUUAGCUCCUGUGGUGAUGGGUGCGAGCUAUUAUGAGGCCCAUACGCAACGAAGUUAUGAGCACAAGGCGUUACAAGCCCAUGAGCAAUGCAACAUUAUCCUCGCUGAAGCUGUCAAGGAAAUUCAUACGGUCGUUGCUUUGGGCCAACAACCCUUUUUCGAAGCCAAUUAUGCCAAGGCAACCGAGGAAGCGCAUGCGAUUGUCAAGCGCAAGGCGAUAUUUGCAUCGAUUGGCUAUGCACUGAACCAAGGAUUUAUGAUGCAUGUGGUCGCAUUGGCGUUACAUUUGGGAGCUGGAUUUAUGGAUGAUGGAUCGGUGGAUGCGGUUUCAAUGUAUGUUUGUUUGUUAUGCGUAUUGGUGUCUGUGCACAGCAUUGGCCGAUUGGGUGCAUUUGGUACAACCUAUGCACGAGCUAAACGGGCUGCCAUUGGCACGUGUCAAGUCCUUGAACGCACACCUGAGAUUGAUCCCGAUUUGGAAGGUCUAUCACCUGCCACCAACAAGAUCCAAGGCGAUAUUUCUUUUCGCGACAUUGCAUUCAGCUAUCCAACAAGACCUGAUGUGCGUGUUUUUGAUGGGAGUUUUUCGGUUACAGCAAAACCUGGUAUGACGAUUGCCUUGGUGGGCCCUUCAGGAUGUGGUAAAUCAACGGGUAUUGGCUUAUUGCAAAGAUGGUAUGAUCCUACCGAUGGCACAAUCACCUUGGAUGGCAGCAGCACGCGUGGCUAUACGUUGAAUUCUUUGAGACAACCCAUGGCACUCGUUUCACAAGAACCUGUUUUGUUUGGGUUAUCCAUUGGUGACAACAUUUGGUUGGGUCGUGGUGGAGAACAAGAUACCAAGGAGAUCAAUCCAGUAACACGUCAACAAGUGGAGGAUGCUGCUCGCUUAGUUGGGAUGCACGAUUUCAUUACCAGUCUUCCUCAAGGUUACGACACCCACGUUGGUAGUAGCAACAGCAGCCAUGGUAUUCAAUUAUCAGGAGGGCAAAAGCAACGCAUCGCCUUGGCACGUGCCUUACUUAGACAACCCAAAAUACUUUUGUUGGAUGAAGCUACAUCGGCUCUUGAUGCUGAAUCAGAACAACAAGUCCAGAAUGCCAUUGAUCAACUCAUUCAUCAAGCUGAUCGCACGAUUUUCAUCAUCGCUCACCGACUCGCCACUGUGCAAAAUGCUGAUCUCAUAUGCUAUAUUCGUGGAGGUCGAAUUGUUGAACAAGGUACACAUUGGGAGUUGCUUCGACAAAGAGGCGAAUACGCUGCACUUGUACGCCUUCAAUCCCUUCGAUAG